UUUUGGUUCUCAGUUGCAUCGCGUUCGCUACGUGCAACUGUUUCAGAUCGGUUGCACUAUUGUUUUUUGGUUUCUUUAUUUUUUAAUACCGAAAUUCAGUGUUAAUUUUUCUCCUUUGGGGAGUACUAAAAGAUCGUAUAAUGUUGGAUUAAAAGUCACGCUUUUUAGUAGCUAGUUUCCCCUUAUUGUGUUGUCUCAGUGUAGAACUUAAAAAUUCAAAAAGUUUUCAAAUUUUACGUAAAGUAUCCAACAUAACCUACAAAAUUAUUCGGUAUUUGUGUGUGGGUCUGUUUUUUGUGUAAAGCAAAACAAAAUUUAAGAAACAUCCAAAACUCAACGGCAAACAUCAACAUCAGAAUGGAUCGCAGUUGGCCCGCAUCUAUAGCAUUUAUGGCCAACUGACAGGCGCAAGUGUCAACAAAGGCGGCUAAAGAAGCCAGGGAAUAGGCCAUAAAUUAUUUGGUUCAAGUGCAGUCAUCAUGAAUCUCUACACUCUAUACGAUUGGAUCACAUCAUUGCUCCGGCCGCCCAGUGCCAGUGUCAGCUACAAGGCAAUCGAAGCAGCGGCUAUCGAAGAGUUGCCAGCAACAUCAGUGGCAACAGCAGCAACAUCCACAGCAGCAACAUCAACACCAGCAGCAACAUCUCGCGCCGCUGGAGCUUUAGCAACUUGUGUGGAAGUUGAAUUCUUACCCACGCUAAAUUUUACAUUUGAGAAGCCGACUUUGUUGAGUGCGGAAGGGUCGUCCCCUGAGAAUUUGGAACAUGUGGCCAGUGGUGUUGCCGAUAAGGAACCUGCUAAUGAUUCCGACUCCGACAAUGACUCCACACGCACUUACAUAAUCUCGCGAAGCAGUUGGACAGAGGUCACAUCGAGUAGUACACCAUAUGCGGUUACCUCCACGGAUACCGCCGAACUAUUGAGGCGACAGAAUAAUCUCAGUCUCACGGAGGAAGAUCAGUCGGUGACGUCGUUUAGUAUUGAACAACCCACCAGUUCCAUGACCAUUGACAUGGCUGAGCAACAUACAUCAACAACCACUACGACGGCGGCAACGACGACGACGAGUAGUGCCGAUGUUGUGGCAACAACCGCAACGACAACAACCACAACUAGUAGUAGUAUUGAGGAGGAGAUCGAAGAGGCAAUCGAGAUUAGUGAAGUGGAGGAGCAGCUGAAUUCCCCACUGGAAUCCCUAUCGGAGGCAGCUGCCUUUGCCCGGCCAAAGGAGCAGCAAUCAAGUGCCAAAAGUUUAAGCAGCAAUCCGGAAGAUGAUGAGGAUGCGGAAGAGUUUCGUAUCGAUGAUGCCCAGUUAUCCGGUGGCCAGUUGGCCCAACACUUUCUGGUCGCUGAUGAAGAUGAAAGCGAGGAGGAGGGUUCAAAUCUUCCAGAUGCCUCCAAAGUGGAGGCCAGUGUCUCCUCUAACGAUGAUGACUUUGACAUUAGUUUACCUUUGGAGCAGAGAAAACCUGUGGUGCAUUCGCUGCACGAGGAUGAGGAGUCUGUAGAUCAGAGUUUAAGUAACCAAAGCACUACGGAUGAUGUUUCCGAAUUGGUUGAGGAGCCAGUUUUGGAACGGGAAGACCAUACCGAAGCUAGUGAGGUUAUUAGUGCCAGUGCUCCUCAGGAAACUCAUGUAGACGAAAGCCAAAAAAGCGAAGAACAGGAUCAUUCAAUGGAAGAGAUUGUGGCCACAAAUGAAUCAAUCGAAGUCACUUAUGAACCUGAGGAAACAGUAAAUACUUCACAGAAACAUGAUCUAAUCACGGAUUUAGAUGAUGAAGAUCCGGAGAAUGAGGCAGAGGAGCCUAUUAGGCCCACGUCUACCGUGAAAAUCCUAAAGCUACCUCCGCUGCAAGAACCUCAGAUCAUAGAACGUAAAGCAGUCAAAGCAUUGACCACUUUAAGUUUACAGCCAGAGGCACUAAAACCAUUAGAACUAACCAUUCUGGAAAUGGAUGAUGAUAAUGACGAUGAUGAUGAUGAAGAGGAGAGUUCCCUGCAACUGAUGAAGCUCCGAUUGAUGGCCAUGAAUACGCAACUGAUUACUGAUAAUGCCCCCAAACUUUCGCCAACAGAAGCGGAACAAACGCAAGCAACCAUUAGCUCUAACAAUUUGGAACUCAAACAAAUGGAGAGAGUACCGAUUACAGAGUUUUCUAAGGAUGUUCUUGAGGAUAUUACCGAAGAAAGCGAAAGACUGCUAUCCAUGAGUACAACUAUCGAAGAAGAACAGGAUCCAGCAUCGCUGUCUCUAGAUGAAUCGAAAACUCUGCUACAGCCAGGAGUUAGUAAAGCUACAGGCAGUAGUUCCAGUUUGGUGAGCUUAAAUAUGCUCAAGCAACUGGAGGCCAAGGUACAGGAGCUGCACACCCAACUGGAGACCAAGGAUAACUGCCUGGCAUCGCUAAAUCUGCAACUUGAGUCGGCAAGAAGAGAAUCCAGCGGGGGUCCAGCUUCUGCAAGGGAUUCCAGUUCGCUGAUGACCAACUCCACGGAGUAUCGUACUCUUCAGGAUGAACUUGGCGGACCUACCUUAGACAUUUAUGUGGAGAUGUCCCGAAGGGAUGAGCUGAUAGCCAAACUUACCGAUUCCCUGCAACAAUCGAUGACAGUCCGUGAGAAGCUGCAGGAGGAUUCAGAUCGUCUGGGCGGCGAAGUUCACAACUUGCGACGUCAACUUCAGGAGACAAUCGAGGCAGUGAAACGUUCUAGUGUUGUCUGGCCAGAAGCGGAAUGCAAUCCCGGUCAGCGUCUCUCAGAGAUCUCUAUGGAUUUGAUCAGCGAAAGCGAUGAUGAUUUGGAUCGUCAUUUCCUCACAGACAACGAAGAACGCGGAUCUCGCAGCUCCAAGGAACGACAGUUGCCUCAAUUUCCAUCUAACGAAGAAGCAAUUAAUCCUGAAUGGACACCGGCAUUCAGCAAGCAGAUUGAGCAGUUCCAUACCUAUCUGCUGCCGGCGGAGCAACGUGUCUUCUUGAUGGUUCAGCGCAAGUUCGAUGACUAUUUGAACCAACAGAUUGCCUUGUGUCGGGAUCUGGGCGCCCAGGAGCUAAAGAUUGCCCGCGAUCAGUGGGAGAGUGAGAAGCAGAGUAGCGAACAGAUCCAACAGGCAGCUCAUGCCAAGCAAAUGGAGGAACUGCGCAAGUACUUUGAGCACAAGUGCGCUGACCUAGAGAAGCAGUUCUCGGAUGAUGUGUUCUCGCACAAGUCACAGCACCAGGCUGGGGAUAGCUCUUCGGAGUGCUCGGAAAUGGAUCAGCUGCCAGAAGAAGCAGCUGGUGCUAUACCUUCCAAGGAACCUUCUCCGCGCAAGCGAAAGCGAGCUGAGUUGCUUCUGAGUCCCAGUCACAGACAGAUGACUCCUUGUGGAUUGGAUUCCCUGGGGGAAACUGCUGGUCAGGCUGAGAAAGAUAAUACUGUGGACAUAUCCGACCUGAAAGUAUUCUAUCAAACGCAUAUCAAGGAGCUGAAAUGCGCUCACGAGGAUCAGGUGCGCAAGCUAAGCGAUCGCCUUAAGUUCUAUGAGCGCCGUCAGGGUGAUGAUGACUAUAAGCCUGAAACCGAAUCAACCGCUGUUACCUGCCCGGAAAAGGGUUUCGUCGAUGGACCCGUUAAUACCUCCCUGAUUAUCAUCGAUGAGGAUGAGUUGAACUUUAAUAAUGAGUCGCAAGUGAUUCAAAGGAUCAUCGAGGAAUAUGAAAGGCGAUUACAGGAGCAAUUGGCAUUGGCUCGACAGGAUAUAGCCACUGAGUUGGAGCAGCAGAUUCAGAAUUUGUUGUCGGAAAAUACCGUCGACGAUCAGCAUUGGCCCAAGGAGCUGAUCUUGCUGCGCGAGAAGUUUACGGCCAAAAGUCAACUGGAGAUCACUCAGCUGAAUAUUAAACAUGCCGACGAGAUGUCGCGCAUGAAAUUGGAAUACGAAAAGCAGCUGAAUCGCAAGAACAAGCGUCAUUUGACCUUCGAUGCCACUCGUGACCUGGAGCAGGUCAUCUCUGAACGUGAUGGAUUAAGGGAGCUGUCCAAAAGUUUCCGCAGUGUGCUCAGCCGGCUGGCCAAGUGUGUGGCCAACUGUGAGGAGGAUCUCAAUGCCACACUCUCUGAGGAAGUACAACGUCUGCUUCUCCAUAGUCGCAGUCAAGAUGUGGGUGAUGAACUGGAGGUCACGAUCAGUGGCUCCUUGAAUAACACCAAACAAAUGCUCCGAGUGCCAGAUGUACACAGUCUGUUGGAAGUUGUAGAGGAUCCCAGUUUGGUGCAGUUCAUCGAUAGUAAGAGUAACGAAGAGCCAAGUGAGGAUUUCGAUUUGAAUGAUUGUUUGGAGCGUUUAAAGUCGGAAGCUUCCUACCUGUUGCAUUUGUCCGAGGAUUUGCAUAAGCAGCGACCACAUGAUGAGUCCGAUGAGCAUUUGGAUGAGCAGGAGAAACAGGAACAUGAGCUCUGCUGCGAGGCAGAAGAUGGUCUGAAGACCACAGCUGCGGGACAUCAACAAGUCCUCUCCAAAUUUCUGCGUACAAAUUCCUUGAAUGAUCAACAAAUGGGCGUGGCCAAUCAGCGCAAGAAUAGCAAUCCGGAGACGGGUAAAACACAUACCUCGCUGCCUCCAGAUCUGCAAGAGCAUGCAGGAAAUGCCUCUGAGCUAUCCUUCCAACUUGUACAGCUCAAGAAUCGCCUGAUUAAGUCAGAGGCUGAUCGUCAGAACUUGCAACAGCAACUAAGUCACACCAUAGAUCGUAAUGCGGAAUUGGGCCAAGAGUUGCAGGCUCUAAGGGAUCAGCUUUCUCAACUAAAUUCCCUUAACCACACUGACUAUAAUGAGGGAUAUGGCCUGGGUCCCAUGAAGAGCUUACAGGAUCAGGGAUUGGAUCAAUCGUCGGCCAGUUUUCUAGCCCUUCAGGAGCGGGCGCGUCAUUUGCUUUCAUCCUCGCCUGUCAAAGAGCAACCUUCUCGGGAUCACGGGAACUCCACUGUUACCUUGCUGCAGAUGAUCGAAGACUUUUGCCGUGAGGGCGACAAAGUGGUUGAGUGUGGCAAAAAGGAUCGCGAGGAUCUGCAAUCACAGAUCGAUACCGCUGACAAGCAGUUGAAGGAUACCAGGCGUUUCCUGGAGGAUCAGGCCGCCGAACGUGAACAAGAACGUGAUGAGUUCCAGCGCGAGAUCGAGCGGCUGAAGGCUCAGUUGCGUGACAAAGAGAAGGAGCACAGCUCCUAUGCCAAUGCCUCCGAGGAGUUGAAGUUAGCGAAGCGAAAGCAUUAUGCACAGCUGGAGGCCCAGUUUCGUGAGAUAAGUCAUCAGCUCGGUGAGUCGAAUGCCAAGAGGGAUAAGUUCGAGGUGGAACUGAAGGCAUCGAUUGACAAGAUCUUUGUGCUGCGAGAGAUCAUCUCGGAACUGGAAACUCAGGUCCAAACCAAGGCUUUAAACGAACAAGUCUUGGCUGAGAAGUCCAAGCAAUUGGAGGAAUAUGUUAGCUUGCAGAUCAGGGAUAAUGAUGCACUGCAGCAGGAGGUGCACAGCUUAAGGACAGACAUUGGAGAGGGUUAUCAAUCCAGAAUCAGAUUGCUGGAGGAGAAACUACAACAGGGUAGACCAUCUGGAGAACAAGGUGAUGUUUUAAGUCAAGUGGCGGAAAAACUGCGAGACAUUGAAACCACGCUGGAUCAGAAAACCAAGGUGCUAGAAUCGCUACACAACUCCAAUGCAGCAUCCAAUUCGGCCAGCCUAAGUGUUACCGAAGAUGUCUCAAUCCAUGUCAGUAAGGAACCUACGGCAGUGGGUUCACCUUCGCAUCCAUCACUCACCGUGGAAGGUGUCCAGCGGGUAACCGAGAAGCUGGACCGACACACUCGCGUCGAGGAGGCGGCCAUUAAGCGGAUUCGGGACCUGGAGAUGCAGGCUCAUCAAAUGCGCUCGGCCUGUGUGGAACUCCAGCAUGAACGUGACUCCCUGCAGGGUCGUAUGGAUGAGCAAACCCAGCGGAUAUCCAUACUUCAAAAUCGCCUCGAAGAGCAACGCCAGCGGGCAGAGCAACUUCAUCGGGUUGGCACCUCCGAUCUGAAUACCCGAGUACAUGAACUCCAGGGUGAAGUCCAGAAUUUAAGCGAGCAAUUGGCUGCACGGGACAAACAGAUGGCCACUUUGCGACAGCAAUUGCAGCGCAGCAAGGAGGAGAUAAUGCGUCUAGAAGCGGAAGUAACAGUGCGAACCCAACCAGAUCGCAGUCUAGUGGAUAAACUGGAGGCUGAAGUGCAGCAGAAGGAAGCAGAGAUCGGAAAACUAAAGGAUAAGAUACGCACAGAGAUGAUCAACCGGCUGGCAGUGCCGGAUCUAAUGGAGACUAUGCUGGCGGACAAGAACGAUGAGAUAGAUCAUCUGCGCGAGCAAUUGGAGGCCAAGGAGAAGGCACUACAGGCCUCGCAUCAGGAUGCCAGCCCAAUCUCAUUUCCGGCAGGGCCGGCAGGCAAACAGGAAGGUGGGAGUGGUGGCAAGUUGAGUGCCCGAACCCUAAGCGAUAUCGGAUCGAUUACAGAAUUCCCCGAGCCGGAUGUGGAGCGUCGAGCAGCCAUGCAAAGUCUUAACGCUCCUUUGCAGAUGAGCGAUGGUGCGGGCGGCUUCUUGCAUCAGACAAUGGAUACCUCUAAGGAGGCGGUGGCCAAUUUAACGCAUAAGCGUACCGAUGACCUAAGCGGUUUUAUGGCCCCUUAUCCAAUCAACACAUUCGAGCAUCCUCACUACUUCCAGGCUCUUGGAAUCACUGCCCAGAGCAGCGAUGGGCUUACACCUGGUUUAGUUCCACGCCAAAUCAACUUCUCCAAUCUUACAGAGGAUUCUAAACUGAAGACGCCCAGUCUGCUGAUGCAAACACCUGAAAUGCCCAGGCCAAUAACUCCGCCAGAAGUCCAGCAAUUGCGACUGAAGCUUUCCAAUUUACAAACGGAAAAGCAGCGGCAACAGAGUGAAUUGGAAAAUAUAUUACAGGAUUUGCAGAAGCAACUGGAGCAGGAGAAGGAGAAACUGAGUCGUCAAGCUCAAAAUCUUCAAAGCCACGAGGAGAGUGAAGUUAAAUACAGGCGUUGCAUUGAGUCACUGGAAUCUAAGGUCCUGGAGACGGCUGCCCAGGGGGCUGCCGAUCGGGAGAAUCUUCGCAAAGAACUAAAUUGCGUUAGUGCUGCCCAUGACCAAUGCGAAAAUGCAGCAGCUGCUCGCAAACGGGAGUUGGAAAUCCUCAACGGCGAGGUCAAGAUCAAGGCUGAUCAGCUGCAAGCUGCUCUACGUCGUUGUGGAGAUCUGGAGCUGCAGGUUCUGACACUUGAACGUGAUUUGGAACGCUUGAAGAACAGUGAAAACAGCUCGAAGCAGUAUUCGGUGGAUGAGAUUGCUCAGCAGGUGGAGAAGGAAUUAAACUACUCUGCACAGCUGGACUCCAAUAUCCUUAAAGCCAUUGAAAGCGAAGAGGAAAACAACCUGGAUAAGAAGCAGCAGAAGGGUGUGCAAACGGAGGAGGAGACACUGCCUGGAACUGGCAAUGGAACCGACGAUGAAAACUUCACUGGCGAGCGGGAACUGCUGAAUCAAUUGGAAGCUCUUCGGGCUCAAUUGGCUGUGGAACGCGAGCAAUGUGAGACCAUGAGUAAGGAACUUAUGGGUGAAAAACAGCACUCACAGGAUAUUCAAGAACAGGAUGUGAUCAUCAUAGAAGCUAUGAGGAAACGCCUGGAGACUGCUCUCGACGCAGAGGACGAACUCCACAAGCAGUUGGAUCAGGAACGAGAACGCUGCGAACGUCUUCAAACGCAGUUGACUUCCCUGCAGCGUGCGGAAAGCCGAAGAAAUAGUUCUCUGCUGCUGAAGUCACCCGUUGACUCACCCAGGAAAUCCCCUCGAGCUGAUUUUGAAACCGAACUUGGAGAUCGUCUGCGCAGUGAGAUUAAACUCCUGGCUGCUCAGAAUGAAAGGGAAAGGGAGAGAUCAGCGGAUGCCCAGCGAAGCAGUGAACGGGAACGUCUGCGAUACGAAAAGGAGUUGCAGGAGCGUGUUGCCUACUGCGAACGUCUUAAACAGGAGAUGGAGAAGCUAUCUCGGGAUAAGGAUUCCGCUGAAUCAGAACUAGAACACUUUAACGAGCGUCUGACCCUGCAAGCUAGCGAAAUCGAGAGCUUGGAGGCCAGACUAGUUACCCUCCAGGAGGCAGAAACGAGAAGAGCCAAUACACGGACUCGCCAGCAUCAGGAGAAUGUUAAACUUCAGGCUGAGAUCCAUGAACUAAAGUCCAAGCUGUUGACAGCCGAAUCAGCAAGAGAUUGCCUGGAACAGAAGGUCACCCAACUGCGAUUCGAUGUUAGUCGCUCUGGUCAGAGGGAAGCAAAACUAGCUGAAGCCUUGGCACAGGCCAAUGAUCGAUUGGCUCACAGCACCGAUGACAAUGUCCCAGCACAGUUUCUUCAGAAGAUGAAGGAGAUCAACACACUGCUGGCGGAGAAUACCCAGGAGAACCGGCAAAUGGCUGAGACCGUCCAGUUUUUAGUGGGUGAACGCAUUGCCCUGCAGAAGAAGUGCGAGGAGUUGGGAGGCUCUGGAAACACCAAUGUCACUGAGCUGGAGGAGCGCUGCCGACAGCUGAUCGGUCGGUAUUUGCGAGUGGAGUCACAUCGCAAGGCGCUGGUCUACCAGAAGAGAUAUCUGAAGCUCACUUUGGAGGGCUACCAGGCCAGUGAGCAGUUGGCUCUGCAGAAGCUGCGAGGAGGUGCAGCCAUGCCUCCUCAGCGAGAUAUCAAAAAGAAGUUCAAGACUGUGGCCCUGGCUAUCAUUGCCAUUCAGCGAAUCAAAUACAUCGGACGCAUUUGGCAUACGGGCAAGCGGAUUGUGAGCAAGUCGGUCUUCACAAUAACCCAACAAAGAAGUCCGGGACUUAACCUGAAUGUGGCGCCACCUCAGUCCCCAUUGCCUGGGCCCAACUCCAAUCUACCCACCAAUAACAACAACCUCAUGGGCCGCGUUAGCUAUGCGCCCCUCUCACCGCCGAUGGUUAACUACAGCACCGUGCAACCAAUAAUGCUGCCAUCGGAUUUUACCCUCCAAGCGCCAACAUCAUCGCUGCAAAGUACCAUUGCCAAUAAUAAUAGUGAAAACAAUUUGCCUUCGCUGGCGAGAUUAGAUUGGCCAACAAUGCAAAAGCCGAAAAGAGCGCAUGCGCGGCAUCAUUAAAACACAGACAUAAAAGUCAUCAAAAGCUCAAUGGAAGGCUCUAACUUUAAGUGAAGCCAUAUCGAAGACACUCUGUAGUAGCAUGCAAGCAUCAUGGAUGUAGGACACGCGAUCCAUUUUAGUGUUAAUUACCUGUACCAUUUCCCAUAAAACAAAACAAUAUGUCUUAAGCUGUUGUAACCUACUUUAAGCGUACGCGCAACCACACCAAACUUAGGCAUGUAAUCGUCUGUAAGUGUUAUUUGUAUUUACCGCCCAAAUGUAGCCAUAAGCAUAAAACCUUAACCAUGUCCCAGUAUUUUGAUUGGUUCGACUGACUAUUGGCUAACAGUUCCCAGAGUCAUUUCAAUUUAGUUCUAUUUUAUUUGGGUUUUGACUGUGUAAGUUUCCUGAUAAGUUGAUUAAAACCAAAAUUGAUUUCAUAUUGAAAA